GAAAAACUGGUCGAACCAGAAACAUGUUCAGCUGCAUGAAAGAAUGUUGACCGUCCUUUUCAACUCAGAUAGAUGCAGGAUGCAGCCACAACACUCAGACUGAGGAUACACACAUUUGGAUUUGUUUUUAAUCAUCUUCAGAAAUACUUUAUUCAUCCUCUUGGUGUGUUUUCAAAGGAAGAAAUGUCCGGAAACUUGGAGGCUGAAGCAGCUGUGGUCUCUGAAGUCUCCAACAACACAACUGAACGUUUGAGUCAUAUGGAGGAACCUACACAGGAAAAGGAGCAGAAAGUGCCGGAAAUAUCUCUCCAAGAGGACAAUGUGAUCGAUGAUGGUGAACAAGAAGACCAAAAAGACAAAAACACGAGGAUGAAAGACCUUCGUCAAACAAGUCAGAGGGAUAAGAGAUCCAUAAGCCCACUGAGUUUCAUCAAAGAAGAUUUGAGCCAGUUUAAGGAAGAAGUGUGGAAGGUGUUUAGGGACAAGGACACCAACCCAUUAAGUCAGGCAGAAAAUAAACCUGCCAUUGGUACGCUCAAACUCCUGAAAGAGGACUUGAGCCAGUUUAAAGAAGACAUGACCAGUGUCUUCAGUGUGUCGAAAGAGACCAAGUCCACAGACACUAAAACAAGUCAGUCAGCAGAGAAGACCAUGAACCGGCUGAGCUUUCUCAAUUUUAAAGACGACCUUUCUAACGUCUUCCGAAUUGGUUCUUCAAAGGAGAGGGACAACAAGGCCAAGGAAGAGUCCUCCAACACCUUUAAAAUAACAGCCGAAAGCCUUUUCAGAAGAGACCAGAAGACUCUGGUCCUGAAAGCAGAGAACUGUCAGGAAGUUAAAAAUGCAUUUUCAGAGAAGGAGCAGGAACAAAUGGACGCUGGCUUUAAGGGAAACCUCUCAGAGUCCAUCAAAGAGAAAUUCAGCGAAGAGGAAAUCUCCGAAAACAUGAAAGACAGGAUGAACGGAGUGGAGGGCAGGCAAGGGGAUAUAACUGUCUCUGAUGACAAAAGUAUUUCUGAAACAAUUCAAACUGAGGAGAUGGUUCCUACACCACAGGCAGAAAGUUACAAAAAUGACGACUCCACUACAGUGUCAUCAGAACAUGAGAGGAUAAAGGAGGAAGAAGAAGAAGAAGAACCAAAGUCAUCAGACACUCUUUCCUGGGAGCCUCUGUCUUCUGAGAGCAGUAUCAUUUAUCUGAGAGACCCAAACAAAGACCACAGGAGCGGUCAGCCGGGGGGAGACUUAUGGUCGCUGAAAAACUUUGCCUGUUAUUUGACCUUUGACCCCAACACUGCCAACUCAGAGCUCCGUCUGUCCGAAGGCAACAGGAAGGUAACUCGGGUGUGGUCGGACCACCGGCCCACAGAGCACCCAGACCGGUUUGAGCGCUGCCCUCAGGUCCUGUGCAGGGAGGGGCUGCUGGACUCAGUGUAUUGGGAGGUGGUGUGGAGCGGCGGAGCAGAUAUUGGCGUCUCCUACAACAGCAUCUCCAGAGACGGAGACACAGCCAGCAGUCUGCUUGGACACAACGAGCGCUCGUGGAGUCUGGAGUGUUCAGAAAGAAGCUACACGCCGUGCCACCAGAACAAGAGGUUCAGGUCCUCCUCGCCACAACCCUUCACACACAGAGUCGGGGUUUACCUAAACUGGUCUGUAGGCUCACUGUCUUUCUACUGCGUCUCUCACGACACCAUGGUCCACCUCCAUACCUUCACCUCCACCUUCACUGAGUCUCUGUACCCAUGUUUCUGGGUGUGGGCCUAUGAGGGCUCGGUGGCACUGUGUCAGGUGGAGUUAGACUGGGAACGACUGCUGCAGUGACAAAGGGGAUCACAAUGGAUCCCAUCCUUAAGCACCAGCAUCAAGCUGAUUCGUUGAUUAUGCUCCUUACAUUAAAAAUAGCUGUUGGUAUUUAUGCAUCAGCACCUGUGCCUGUUUAUCUGCAUUAAGCUGGAGACAUGUUCCAGCUGUAAGGUCUGCACACAGACAUACUGUAUAUACAAACAAAUACGUAGAAAAAGCAUUUGUCAGAACGACUGGCAGCAAGUGAUACUUUUGACAUAUUUCACACAAUGAUUUUAAUGUAUCUGUCAACACCAACUGGGCUGGUCCAGAAUAGACCCGAUCAAACUUGUUCCUAUCAAAGGUCACAGGUCAGAUUCAUCAUUACCUCUGCAGUUCCGACCUGAACUUGCUGAACACUUGAACCUCAUCUCUAAUUCCACUUCUAACACUUCUGAAGCCCAGAGAGAACCCUUAAUCCGCCUUUAUAUUUACUGUCUGCUGUUAUGUGUGUUGUGGUGAUCCAUCUGUUUGUGUAUUGUUUGUGUGAUGUGUGUGCAUUGUCUGUAUGUCUGACCUGUAGCUGGGUCUCUUGACUGCCUCGGGCCUCCUGCAGCUCUUUCUCCAGCUGCUCCAGACGAGCAACACGGAUCUGCAACACACACAGGCAUGCACUGUUCAGACACGUCUGUGUUGCUUACCAUCCUCAACGAGUCAUCAAACUAAUUUAAUAAAAUUAAUCCAAAUUAA